AUGGACAAGAAUCAAGUUUACCAGGACGUCCUGAAUCAUUACAGUUCAGCUGCCAAAGCCACCGAUGCUGACUACAGCAAAAAGGUCGCUGAGGCAUUCGGGUACAGUGAAGCUGAAUUGACAAGCAUUCCCAAGGAUGCGAAUCUGGGCUUAAGCUGCGGAAAUCCGCUAGCUUUGGCGAAGUUGAAAGAGGGAGAAACCGUUAUCGAUUUUGGUAGCGGUGCAGGAUUUGAUGUCUUUCUAGCGGCCAAGAGUAUUGGUAGCACAGGCAAGGCUAUUGGAGUUGACAUGAAUCAGGUUGGCUACCCCCUAGACCUGGACAUGCUCGAGCGAGCAAACAAGAACAAGGAAGCGGCCAAGGCCGAAAACGUCUCCUUUGUCGAGUCUCGCAUCACCGACGUCAAGCUCCCCGACGCCACUGCUGACUGCAUCAUCAGCAAUUGCGUAGUUAACCUGGUCCCAGAAGCAGAAAAGCAACUCGUUUUCAACGAAAUGUACCGUCUUCUCAAGCCUGGAGGCCGUGUCGCCAUCAGCGAUAUUUUGGCCCGGAAGGAGCUUCCACCAGAAAUCAGAAAUGAUAUGGCCUUGUAUGUCGGCUGCGUCGCCGGGGCCAGUCAAAUCUCGGCCUAUCAGCAGUAUUUCCGCAAUGCAGGAUUUGCAGAUGCCGUAAUGGUGGACACAAAUAGCGACCUAAAUAUAUACACCACCGCUAGAACGGAUGGCGAGGGUAUCCCUUGCUGCGGUGGCACGGACUCUUGUAAUACACCAAAACCCAAGGCGAAAAACGUUGACUACAAUGAGUGGGCUGGUUCCUUUAAGAUCUAUGCUGUGAAGGCUUGA